CCGGAAGCGGUUCCGGGACUUGCCGGAGCCAAUAUGGAGCCUGCCGGGGCUGCGGGGCCUGGGGGAGGCCGGUGAGGGAGGGGCCCGACGCAGAGCGGGCGCGCGGCGCGGCGCCGAGCCGGGGACGCUCCAGGCCUCUCCUGCGAGUGCCCGGCCCUGCGGCUGGCAGAGCCGCCGGGACCAUGUCCCUGGGCGAGUACGAGCGGCACUGCGACUCCAUCAACUCCGACUUCGGCAGCGAGUCCUCGGGCCGGGGCGGGCCCCGCGCGGGCCCCAGCCUGGGCGCCGAGCAGGAGGAGCUGCACUACGCCCCCAUCCGCAUCCUGGGCCGCGGCGCCUUCGGGGAGGCCACUCUCUACCGCCGGACCGAGGAUGACUCGCUUGUGGUGUGGAAGGAGGUGGAUCUGACCCGACUAUCAGAAAAAGAGCGUCGUGAUGCUUUGAAUGAAAUAGUUAUCCUUGCUCUGUUGCAGCAUGACAACAUCAUUGCUUACUACAAUCAUUUCAUGGAUAACACCACACUGCUGAUUGAGCUGGAAUAUUGUAAUGGGGGGAACCUCUACGAUAAGAUCCUGCGGCAGAAAGACAAGUUGUUUGAGGAAGAGAUGGUGGUGUGGUACCUAUUUCAGAUUGCAUCAGCCGUGAGCUGUAUCCAUAGAGCUGGAAUCCUUCACAGAGAUAUAAAGACAUUAAAUAUCUUCCUCACCAAGGCAAACCUGAUUAAGCUGGGAGACUAUGGGUUGGCAAAGAAGCUGAACUCUGAGUACUCCAUGGCUGAGACUCUGGUGGGAACUCCAUACUACAUGUCCCCAGAGCUCUGCCAGGGGGUGAAAUACAACUUCAAAUCUGAUAUCUGGGCUGUGGGCUGUGUUGUCUUUGAGCUUCUCACCCUGAAGAGAACCUUUGAUGCUACAAAUCCCCUAAACCUGUGUGUGAAGAUUGUACAGGGUAAUCGGGCCAUGGAGGUUGAUUCCAGUGUCUAUUCCCUGGAGCUGAUCCAGAUGGUGCACUCCUGCCUCGAUCAGGAUCCUGAGAAGAGGCCAACUGCUGAUGAGCUGCUUGAACAUGUUCUUCUCAGCAAACGCAGGAGGGAGAUGGAGGAGAAAGUCACGCUGCUUAAUGGGCCAACCAAACGGCCAAGGUCCAGCACCGUCAGUGAGACACCAAUUGCAGUGGUGACUUCGCGCACUAGUGAGGUGUAUGUUUGGGGGGGUGGGAAGUCCACCCCCCAGAAGCUGGAUGUCAUCAAAAGUGGCUGCAGUGCGCGCCAGGUGUGUGCUGGAAACACUCACUUUGCUGUGGUGACGGUGGAGAAGGAGCUCUACACUUGGGUGAAUAUGCAGGGGGGCACAAAGCUGCAUGGCCAGCUGGGGCAUGGAGACAAAGCUUCCUACCGGCAGCCAAAGCGUGUGGAGAAGUUGCAGGGGAAGGCUAUCCACCAGGUGUCCUGUGGGGAUGACUUUACCGUUUGCAUCACAGAUGAAGGCCAGAUGUAUGCCUUUGGCUCGGACUAUUAUGGCUGCAUGGGUGUUGACAAGGCAUUUGGCUCUGAAGUCCUGGACCCCCUGCAGCUGGACUUCUUCCUCAGCAACCCUGUGGAGCAGGUCUCCUGUGGAGAUAAUCAUGUGGCUGUUCUGACCAGAAACAGAGAGGUCUACUCGUGGGGCUGUGGGGAGUAUGGGCGCCUGGGUUUGGAUUCUGAAGAGGAUCACUACACCCCUCAGAAGGUGGAUGUUCCAAAGACCUUGAACAUUGUCUCAGUCCAGUGUGGCUGUGAUGGGACUUUCCUGCUGACCCAGACUGGCAAAGUGCUGGCAUGUGGACUCAACGAGUUCAACAAACUGGGCCUGAACCAAUGCACGUCUGGGAUCAUCAACCAUGAUACCUACUAUGAAGUUCCCUACACAACUUCCCUUACUCUGGCCAAGCAGCUCUCCUUCUACAAGAUCCGCACCAUUGCCCCAGGAAAGACGCACACAGCUUCCAUAGAUGAGCGGGGCCGCUUGCUGACCUUCGGCUCCAACAAGUGUGGACAGCUGGGCAUUGGUGACUAUAAGAAGCAUCUGGGAAUUAACCUGCUGGGAGGCCCCCUUGGGGGUAAGCAGGUGAUCAGGGUUUCAUGUGGAGAUGAAUUCACCAUAGCUGCUACUGACGAUAACCAUAUCUUUGCCUGGGGCAAUGGUGGGAACGGACGUCUGGCAAUGACACCGACAGAGAGAGCUCAUGGCUCUGAUAUUUGUACUUCAUGGCCUCGGCCCAUUUUUGGGUCCCUGCAUCACGUUCCAGAUCUGUCCUGCCGCGGCUGGCACACCAUUCUCAUUGUUGAAAAGGUGCUGAAUUCCAAAACCAUCCGAUCCAACAGUAGUGGCUUGUCCAUCGGUACAGUGGCUCAGAGCUCCACAACUGGUGGAGGAGAGGAGGAGGAAAAUGAACGGGAAUCUGAAACCCCUGAUCCAAGUGGAGGCUUUCGGGGAACCAUGGAAGCAGAUCGUGGAAUGGGGGGCUGGAUCAGUGCAACAGAGGCCAUGGGGGACAGCAAUGCCGACAGCAGCUCCUGCCCUGGCUGGCUGCGUAAGGAACUGGAGAAUGCUGAAUUCAUCCCCAUGCCUGACAGCCCCUUUCCUAUGAGCACAGACUCUUCAGAGCCUGAAAAGGAGACUCUUCCCUAUCAGGAACUUCAAGGACUGAAAGUGGCCUCUGAUGCUCCUGCUGAAUUCAACAAGCCCAAGACAGAGCCCCAGAUGUGUUCAGCUCCAGCCCUGCCCUGUGUGGAAGGAAAGGCAGCGUCUCCAGCUGCAGCCUGUGUGUGCAGCACUUUGCAAACUGAGGUGGAGCGGCUGCAGGGGUUGGUGUUACAGUGUCUGGCUGACCAACAGAAGCUGCAGCAGGAAACCAGUCGUCUCAGUGCCCAGCUCCAGAGGUUCUGCAGGGGGACGGAGGGAAUGCAGCAGCUGCAGGCUCAUUCCAAAGGAACCCAGACAGCCAAAGAAGAGAUGGAAACUGAUCCAAAAACUGACUUGGAUUCAGAUUCCUGGUGUCUCUUGGGAACGGACUCAUGCCGCUCCAGCCUCUAGUCUCCUGAGCCUACUGGGAUCCAUCCAACUUCACAACACACUAACUGAAUGCAGAAAGCGGCUUUCCUGGCUUCAGGUCACGCACUGAUAAGGAGCGAGGGCGGAGGCUCCAGAGCAGCACCCAUGUACGUUUGGUGGGAGACACCUCCUUUAGAUAUGAUCUAGGAGUGAGUUUUGAGAGGGGUAGGGUCCUGAGCUCUGGGCAAUGGUCAGCUCAGUGAUUAUGGCAGCAGCAGCAGCUCUUCUCUGUACCUCAUCCAUCAAUCCUGCCCUUGAGGCAAGACGACCCUGGACCCAUCGUGGUGAUGGCUCCAGUAGCAGCUUGUGGCCCUUUUGUUUCACUGCUUCCUAAGAGCUGCCCUUGGGACCCCAGCAUUAGUCACUGCACCUCUAGGUGAGAGAGCGAGAACCAUUGAGUACGGAAGCUGGCUGAACCCUAACUCCCCACCUUCACUUUAGAGCAGUGAACUCUGAGCUGCUCCCAGCCAUUAUGACAAUGGACAGGGCCCUGCCUGUGGAACAGCUCAAUGCUGCUCACGGGCAAACAGAGCCUUGAAUGUGUUUUACUCUGGAGGCAGUGGGGAGAUGGUGAUAGAAAGCAUGUCCCUGGCCUGAGAUGCAGCCUUUGUCCAUACAGCUGUGUGCCCUAGUCCUACAGAUGAAGUUUAAAUGCCUUAUUCUGAGGGCCUAGCACUCAGCUAAUGCUUUCCACCCUCCAAGCACUGCUCAAAAAGGAAAACUGGAUUUAGUUUCCAGUUGUAGCAGAGGGAACUGCUUGAGAUAGGGUUCUUGAGUUCAGACUGGCUGCUUCCUAACCAGAAAAGGUGUGUCUGGAUCUCAGGCUGUGGCACACUCAUUACUCCAUCUGUUCAGCUAGUUUUGGGUGCCAGAGCUCCUCUUGUCAUGUCUGGUUUCUCAGAGUGAGUCCAUUGCUGCUCCUGGCUUUUUCUACUUAUCCCUCACCGUAAGCUGGCACAGUCUCAAUGCUGGUGUGGGCCUCGUCAGUAUUUUUUUCCCCUCCAUUGUUUUGACAAAGUGGGAGCACAGCUGUCCCCUCAGCAUGGGUCUCUCCUGCAGUGUACACAGAAGGCAUCUUUCCCAAGGGCAGUAGAUGGUUAGGCCUCAGUCUAAAGCUCACCCCUUCUCUAGCUGCACAAGGUUCUCUCUUCCAAGGAACUUGAAGUGGCCUGACAUUUGAAACUUUCCCAUAUCCCUAGUAGGGAAUGAGAGUUUUCUAAAUUUGUUUAACAAAUUGGCUUGGGGUGGAUUUUUGGGUUGGGAUGGGCCUCUAGGGGGAAACUAGUCCCUCACCCUUCCCCAAGGUGGGGCUUCUAGGAAGCAGAGUCUUCUCCUCCCAUGCAAUGGGGUGGGGUUGUGAUUUCAUUAUCCCUAAAACUGUCUCCAUCACCGGUGUGUCUCUAGUUUUGCCUUGAAUCUUUCAAUGAGAGCUAUUUCACCUGCCUUAGACUUUUCUUCCCUUGUGGGGACUGUUUAAGGGUGCUAACGUCUUUCUUGAUGAAAUUCUCUACCUGGGGACAGAUGCCAAAGCAUCCUGCUUGGAGUCAGUGCUCUCUUAGGUUCUUCUCUAGUGCCUAUCACUGUAGUAUACUAGAGCUGAAUCAAAUGCAGUCUGUUCUGAGCAGGAACCUGGGCAGAGUUAGACCUCAGUCUGGCUGUCCUUAUCGUUGUAGAGCGGGAAGGAGAGAGACAGCCCCAAUGUAGGGUCUUGAAUGCCAGAAGUUCAAGCGUUGCUUGGUUACUGUUGGUGACACUGUCUUCUCUUCUCCCAUAUGUAUUGGAGUCAGUUCUCAGGUUAGGAGUCCCAGCAUAAGAAUUCUUUUGCUGCAGUGGAGAUGGAGUCUGUCAUGUUGCAGCAGUGGCUUUGAGAAGGAGUGAAGUACUAAGCCUAAGCCAUGUCCAAUAAGCGAGCACCAAGCUGAUGGGAGUUGCUCUCCUGCAGUGCACUGCUAUCUCCUUUCUCAAUGCUCUACAGCUGGGAAGACUGGAUUCCCCUUGGAUCUAGUAGAGGAUUCAGAUCCCUGGCAGAGGGUGUCCUGUGCUCCACAACCUCAUAUGUGCCUUAGAGGAUUCACGCUAUACAAGUUGUGCCUAUUACAGACCAGCUAGCUGUGCAACCAGAAAAGCAGUUUAAACCCAGUUUUGGGCUGGAAAGUGAAGGGCAAGUGGGUAGAAGUGCCUUUGAACAGUUUCAAAACCCUUUUGACUUCUCCCCUUUUUGCAUUGCUAGCUCCAUACGUCAGUCUCCUGCUAGUUUUGCUCUUGAGUUGUUAUAGUGGAACACGACUUAUGCCUGCUCUGACACUGGCAGAAUAACUAGUUUGUCAUUAUCUUUCUUUGAAAGAUUAAAGAGUGGAGUGGUUUGUAGUUUGUUUAAAUAAAUGUUUAAACUAA